UGCCGUCAUUCAAUUUCAUGAAGCGAGCGACGACCACGUCGUCACCAUGACUUUCAACUUUAUUUAACUCGUGCCCUCCGUCUCGAUCAUCUCCUAAACAAAAUGAUGUAAUGAGUCGAAAACUGAAACGAAUUCGCUGCUCCAUAGUUAAUAUACAGCACCGCGGGCACCCUCUGCAACCCUUCGCUUUAUCGACAGGUGCAAAGUCGUGCGCCACUGAAGACAACCUGAUUUGGCACUCUUCUUUAUCGCAGUUCCGUAUAAGGUAUUUGCGAGCACACGCCCGCCAAUCUUAUCGCAAUAAAAUUUGUCCGACUCCAAAAAUGGUUACAAUUCAGAUUGGUACGGUUACGGCAGCCAUUGGGACAAUAGUAGAAAAGCACCCCAACAGCGACUAAAGAUAAAGAAAAGAUUGCGUGAGAAUUUGGGACGUGUGGCUGUCGUGUGUACAAGCAGGAAUGGAAUUUCUAUGUUUGUGCGCAAUAAAUACAGUGUUUGAUGAAAUCGAUGCCGCACGGUAGAUGUACGCAUACUUCCGCUCAUGCGUAUGUAUUGACCACCGCGUCAACCUGUUGAUCUCGAUAUGAGUUUUGGCUGUAUAUAUCAACAUCGACGCAAUGAUGAUGUGGUUUAACCACAACAAAAAAAAAUCCGGGAUAAACUAUGUUGACUCCCUACCCAAAACCAAGCCAAUCAUAUGGUUCACUCCUCUCAUCAACCUAUCCUUCCGGUCUUCUUGUUGUGGUUUAAGAAAGAUAAGUUUUACGCACACAGCAACUUCCACGUUGCUUACUCGCGCAAACACCGUACGCUUGCGGGACAGUAUUUAUUCUGCGCUCACAGCGGCAAGGUCUAAACGGAUCUGCUCGUCGUAUCGUAGCAUCGAACAACGUAGGAGAAAUCAUUCCCAAAGAUUAGACAUCAAACAAACAAGUUGUACGUGUGGUAACCAUGACCUCGUCCACUAGUGCUGACGUAAGUGUGCCGGAAUGGAUGACAAAGGAUUACUUUGUGGAUGCAAUUGAGGCGAAGUUGGAUCUCGAGGCAAGUGAAUUUACAAUCACCGAUCUGGAUGUUCGGAAGGCAACGGAGGCUGGUGAUAAUUAUGCGUCCAUACUUUACCGUGUGCGAGUGUCGGUGCGUGUGCAUGAUGGGGAUGUUCAAUCGGACAUUUCGUUAAUAGUGAAAGCACUACCAAAACUUGGACUGUCCGACGAGAUGAUCAAGAUGAUGAACCUGUUCCCAAAGGAGAUAGCCAUGUAUUCGGACAUACUACCCCUUAUGGAAAGGAUGUAUCAUGGGCGUGAUCGAAUGGAUGUCGCAUUUGGUCCACGUUGUCUGAAGUAUAGUACCGAACCGACCGAUGUGAUAGUCCUGGAAGAUUUGCGCGAACGUCACUAUACGAUGGCUAAUCGGCGCCAGGGAAUGGACAUGAAGCAUGCCAAACUUGUGCUACGUCGAAUGGCACAGUUCCAUGCAGCGUCCGUCGUAAUUGAAAAGCAACAUGGACCGUACGGAGAUCUGUUCCUUGAGGGGAUGUUUAAGGAGGCAGGACGCGCGAUGACUGAACAGUUUCAAAAGGGACAAGCUGAUUUCUUUCAGAAGAUGAUGCACGGAUGGUCGAAAGAGCAAGCGUUCUACGCCGAUCUCAUGAAACAUUGGGGGAUGGAUUUGUUCGAUUCCCUCUUAAUCACCACCCGGGCGAAUCCAGCAAGAUUCAACGUGCUGAAUCACGGUGACAUGUGGUGUAAUAAUGUCCUGUUUCACUACAAAGAAGAUGGUGAACCGAGCGAUGUUCUACUGAUUGACUAUCAGCUCAGUUUCUGGUCGUCGCCGGCAAUCGAUCUGCUCUACUUCAUCCUGACGUCUGUUAAUGGCGAUGUGAAGCUAUCACAGAUGAACUACAUGAUUCAGUACUACCACGAACACCUCGUCGACAGUUUGAAACUCCUCCAGUAUAGUGGCAAGAUUCCGCUGCUGAAAGAACUGCAUUCGGACAUUAUAGCACACCACCUGUUCGGGUUGAUGAUAUGCUUCUCCAUUCUGCCCAUCUGUUUGAUGGAAAAAACGGACGAUGCCUCGAUGGAUUUGAUGCUGGAUCAAGGCGAUGCAGGCGUUUCCUUCAAGCUGAAAAUGUACAACAAUCCUGCGUAUGUCAAACAAAUGGGGCAAAUUUUGGAUUACUUCCACGACAUGGGAGUGUUUGAUCUACUGCAGAUCGGUACCCAACGUACGGCACGGAUCGAAUGUCAUCCAUCACUGGAACUACCACUUUGGUUGGAUCGAGAGUUUAUAGAACACAUCGUAGAUUCCAAAUUCGGAGUUAGCUCGGCGGAAAAGCGUACCGUUCGCAGUGUAUACGUAAUAAACGCCGCAAAGAAGGGUGACAGCUACGCAUCUGCGUUGUACUCGGCCAAGGUAAAUCUGCUCUGGAAAGAUGCAGACACGGAAGAGACACUAUCGCUCAUCAUCAAAGCACCUCCGAAGGGGAUUGCGGCUUCGUAUGCACUGGACAAGGAUGUGCAUGUGAGAGAGCUUUAUCUGUACGAACACCUCAUUCCUGCCUUUGAGGCAAUGUACCACAGCAAAGGAGUAUCGGUAAAGCUUGGACCACGCUACUAUAAGGCACGUGUUGGACUUCCGGUGGACGUGAUUGUACUAGAAGACUUGACCAUUAACGGGUUCCGCAUGGCUAAUAGGCAGGAAGGUUUAGAUCAAGCUCACGUUGAGGCUGUACUCAAUCAUCUGGCAAUGUUCCAUGCAGCUUCAGCCGUGUAUUGCGAAUCUGGCAACACACUCCCAAAGGUACUAACCGAGUCAAGCAAGGAUAGAGAAAUGGCAUCUAAAACGGACGCACUGUUUGCUCCUUCACUGGACAGUAUGUUCAAGUAUAUGAAAGAGUGGAACUUUGCUGCUGAUUUUGUCGACGAUCUAGAAACCGUUGCCAGACAGAUCUACAGAUUGCUGGUGGACACUUGGACUAUUGACGCGAAUGGAUUCAAUGUACUGAUCCACGGCGACGCAUGGCUAAACAAUAUCCUUUUUUCUUAUGACGGCGACACGGUGAAACGUGUGGCAAUGAUCGAUUAUCAAUUUCCUUCGUGGGGAUCACCGGUGUUCGAUCUAAUCCAUUUUCUCUUUUCCUCCGUGCGAGGAGAUCUAAAGCUUUCGAAGCAGGCAUACUUUUUGCGAUACUAUCAGGAACGAUUAGUUCAUAACUUGGUGCUGCUCGGUUAUAGCAAACGUUUGCCAACGCUGCAGCAGCUUCACAUUGAUUUCAACAAUCGGUUGACUGCCGCCAUCAAAACUACCGUCAUUGAUCUACCGUACGUGCUGGCAGAUCCGAGCGAAGAUGCCUCUCAGGAAGCGGCCAUCGUGCAAACGGAAGCGGGACAACGAUUUCAACAGUUGCUCUUCGAUAACGAUCGUUUGAAGGAGCAAAUGAAGGACCUAUUGCCUUAUUUCCGAUCGCGUGGUUUGCUGACGGUCGAGGCGGCUAAUUCUGAGCCUCAGAACCGUAAGCCGCGCGUUUAAAGUUGAGAUCGACGCAUAACACGAGAGAUACGGGUAUCUGGAUGUAAAAGAUCCAUCAAUAAUAAGAUAGCCUUUUAUCUAAAUA